AUGUCUGCAUCAUACGACGGCUUUUGGAAGAUAUGCGAUGAUAAUGGCGUAUGUCAUUGUGAUUGGCGUCUCACUGUCUAUGGCUGCGAAGAAGAACAACACAUGGUCCCAUUCUAUAUUGCAUUGGCAGCAUUUUCAGGCCUCGUCGGUACAAUGGCUGCCAUCCUCGGUUACUAUCGCAUCAUCCUCUUGAAUCAAACCGUAUUCGAUUGUCGUACUGGUUUUCCUAGGCCCAAGCCGAUCGAAUCGAUGAUCGUCUUUGGUACAGCGUUUAACAUACUGCGUAUGAUCCAUGCCAUCAUUAUGGUCACUGAUGUUGCUCCCAAUGUCGCAUUCCGCUCAUUCAUGUUUGAAUUUCCUUGGCACUUUGGUAUUGGCGCCCUGGCAUGCUAUCUAUUUGGCAUCGCUCACACGUUGUCCGAUAGUAACAAGACGGUUUACAAUCGCUGGGUACGAUCACCGAUUAUCAUUGAUGGUGUCUGCUUGAUCUUUAUCGUGGGCCCUCAUUUCACAAACAAUGUUUGCUCCAUUGCUGCUGGUGUCUACGCUAACAAACAAGAUUAUGUCAUGGCAGAAGGCUUCACCAAUGCAUUGUACUGGUUCUGGACAUUCUAUACAGGCUGCUUGGGUAUCCUCAUCUUAUUCGCAGGCCUACGUCUCUUGCGUCUUUUGACACGCCAUUUGCAUGAACGACAACAAGGCCAAGUUUGUAUACGAAAGGUCAAAUUAGGAACACUAAAGGUCAAAAUUAUCAUCGUGGCUGGAAGUGCCUGCUUGACAGGAUUUGCUGUCAUCAUGAUCUUAUAUGCAGCAUGUCGCAUUCCUAUUACUAAAAACACUGCCGAGAAUGUUGCCAUUGCCUGUGUUUGGAUGUUCAAUGGUGUUGCUGCAACAGCAGCUAUCUUUUUGGGUAUUGUGCUCAACCCUAAACUUGCCACACUUGCUGCCAGCUUUGGAUCUUCAUCGGGUGGUGGUACUUCCGCAAAUCGAUCCCACCAUAUGUCAACAUCCUCUGGUACCAACGAGACUACCACAGCCACUCAAUCUGAAAGCAAAUGGCAAGCUACACAACAUACCAGCAUGGGAAGCGGAUGGACAGCAGUCGAUAGCAAGCCAAAGUAUAGCCUUGGUGACAUCAAAGACAUGCCUGAGUUUAUUACUUCUGGUGGCGAGACCAUCCGAAGCCAAAUAGACGAGGAUCAGCUAAACUACAACGCCAUGACAAGCAUUGCUCGUGCACCACCUCGCAACCUUUCCUCUACCGAGGAUCACCGAUAUCGCGUAGCAGAGAAUGAUACUAUCACCUUAUCCUCUACCACUGGUCUUAAUACUGCCAUGCAACACAACCACUAUUAUUAA